AUGUCACUCUUCCAGAACUUUGACGUCGCGAAGCUGGCUUCGCAGCUCGGCGGCUUCAGCAUCCCCGAUGAACCUGAAGUUAAGCACGACUACGGCACAAGGGACUAUGGCUACACCAACCACGGCACUCAUCCAGGUGGUUACGACGGCAGACCGCCUACAGGGUACGCCAGCGGUCCGCAGCGGGGCGCCGACGAGUACAAUCGCGGACACCCCGGCGCUUUCGGCACGUCGGACCCCGAGAGAGCCGCCUAUCAGCCCGCGGGCGAGGGUUCCGGCAUGUCCUCCCUCGCCGGCGGCGUCGCGGGCGGUGCUGCUGCUGCCGGUACCUAUGCCGCUCACCACCACCCCCCUUACCCUACGGACUCGCCCCGUCCCGAGCACCGCUACGGUGACCAGCAGAGCCCUUACCCCUCCGACUCGCCGCGUCCGGAGUCCAAUCGGUACCACGGGGAGGAGUCGUCGUCCAGUCCUUAUCCGCCGCCUGGACAGCAGCAGCAGCAGGGUUACGGCCGACCUCAAUCCCCGCGUUUGCCCGAGGGCUGGAUCAAGAAGUUUGACGAAGCGAGCGGACGCUCAUAUUACGUCAACCGCGCCAACGGUUCGUCUCAGUGGGAGCCGCCUUCCCCUGUAGUCGUCUCCCCGCCGCCUCCCGAGCAGCAUCACACCUACGGCCGUCCCCCCUCCCCGCGUCUGCCGGAGGGGUGGAUCAAGAAGUUUGACGAGGGCAGCGGAAGGUCGUACUACGUGAACAGGGCGACCGGCUCCUCGCAAUGGGAACCUCCUGUCGCAGCCGCCGCUCCUUCGCCCGUGGUUUCUCCCCCGCCGCAGUCUCCUGGUUAUGGGGGGUACGGAGAUCAACCGAGAUACGGAGGGCACUCGCCGCAGCCUGGAUACGGUGGACAUUCGCCCCAGCCGGGGUACGGGGGUCCUUCACAUGGAGAAGGGUACGCGGCGACUGGUGCUGCUGGUGCUGCUGCCGGUGCGGCGGCGGGAUACUACGCCGGUCACAAUUACGAGCAGAGCCAGCCUCAGCAGCAACAGCGGUAUCAUGAUCCCAACCAGUCUUACGGCCAACCACAUGGUCAGCCGUACGGUCAGCCUCAGGGGUCUCCUUACGGUCAGCCUCAGGUGUCUCCUUAUGGCCAGCCGCAAGGGUCGCCGUAUGGACCGGGAUCGCCGUAUGGCCAGCCCCAUGGUCAACCGUACGAACAGGGCUACGGCGAGGAGGAAAAGAAGAAGAAGAAGAAGAAGAGCAGUAGCAACAGCAACAUGUUCCUUGGCGUCGCGGGUGGUCUUGCCGUUGGCGCUAUUGGAGGAGCUCUGAUUGCGAAUGCCUUGGAUUCUGGAUCCGAUAGUGAGCAUGAACAACACCAUGAGCGGUACGAGCGCCACAGUGAUAGUGGCAGCUCGUCUGGAUCCGACGACCAUCACCACCACUACGAACGCGACGAUAGCGAUCGGGAGGAGUACUACGAUGAUUAA